GUGUGCUCUCACUGUGUGCACUCACUGUGUGCUCUCACUGUGUGCACUCACUGUGUGCUCUCACUGUGUGCUCUCACUGUGUACUCCCUGCAGUGAUGGCUACUGCGCCAUUCCCUUCGGCCAGCCUGUCCUGAUGAGAUUAUUGACCAUCUGGAGAUCUGCUUUUUUUACAUGUAGCCUUCCUGAUGUCAUCCAGUCUGUGAGCUGACAUUGGUCUGCUUGUCACCACAACUUCCACAAACACCUUAACAUCCUCCUCUGUGUUGGACGUUGUCUCUCCCCUCAGUGAGUUUUUGCUAAGUGUGUCGGCACAUGUACCUGGCAUGUGCACGGCUUUUACAUUGAAACGCAUGAGGCACAUCAACAAAUGCUGGCACCUGAUUGGUGCUUUGUCCAGGUCAUAUGUGUUGAUCAGUGGAAGCAACAGCUUGUGGUCUGUGCGUAAGCAGAAACUGCCUAUGCCAUAUAAAUAACGAGAAAAUCACUCACAUGCCCAGCCUGCUGUCAGGCACUCUUUCCCAUUUGAGCAGAUCUUUUCUCUGCAUCGGUUAAUGUACGUGAAUAAAAGGUGACUGGCUUAAGCUCACCUUCAUGUGCUUGUAGCUGUGUGGCUCCGAGAUCAUAGCUGCUUGCUUCAGCACUGACAGCUAUUGGUUUGCGGCCAUCAGAGUAUGCUAGUAAGGGCGCUGAUGAUAACAUAGCUUUGACCCUAGUAAACGACUGCUCUCGCCAGUCACCCCAGAUCCAAGCAGUGUCCUCCUUUAACAGCUCUGUGAUCGGGUGCAGUGUGGUUGACAGGUCAGGUAUGAAUUUACACAGGUAGUUAUCGAGUCCCAGCACUUACCGCAGCUCACUCAUGUUCGCGGGACUUAGCACCUCAGAGAUGGCUUUCACUUUGCUGAUGUCAGGCUUCAUCCCGUCCACUCCAAUGAUGCACCAGAAGUAAUGAAUCUCUGAUUUUCCUAGGUGACACUUGUCCGUGUUAGCUUUAGGCCUGAGUCUUUAAUGGCCUGCAGCAUUGCACUGAGGCUGCAGUUAUGUUCCUCCUCAUUCCAUCCGUAAAGUAGCACAUUGUCCAUCAGUGACUGUGCCCUCAUGGUUCUUUAAAAGUGUGCUCAUCUCCUGCUGGAAGAUCUCAGGAGCUGACAUUAUUCCCAACAGAAGAUAGCGGAAACAGAACCUUCCUACUGGUGUGAUGAUUGUGGUCUGUUUUCUACAGCUGGCUCACAGUGUAAUCUGCCAGAAUCUACUGGAGGCAUCCAAAGUGGAAAAGAUCCUCGCCCCGUUUGGACAAGGUUUCUCACAUAGAAGAUGGUUUGGUUUCUGAUCAUUAUUGCGUCUUCUUUGAGAUGCCAGUGUACAACAUGAGCUGGAAUGAUAAGAGGAAGGUUAUUAAACGCUAUCUUAAGGCUCUCUCUUCCUCCUCUUGAACUCCCCCUCCCAUCUAAUGCAUUUAUAGAGGUUUAACUCCAGAGUUACAGAAUGUAUACUGUACAUUUUAUUGCCCCACUGAAAACAGACUGUAUCAGAGAGAGAUCCCCAUGGAGGAACACAAAUCCAAUUUUAAAAUUCACAAGAGACUGCAGGCACACAGAAAGAAAACGGAAGCACACAAAGCCUACUGAUACUAUUUAGGAUAGAUAAAAAUGUAGGUUAGAUUUCAUUCCAUCUAAUACUCAGAAUCCAACUUAGAAUUAGAUAGAAAUUCAAUUUCUUGAUAAAAUAAUUGAUAAAGUUAUGUCUAUUCAGUUGAUUGAUUCUAACACUAAUGAUCUCCAUGAAAUAUUUCACUCUGGCUUUUGGCGAGUCACAGCACUGAAAUGACUCCUCUAAAGUGCUAAAUGAUAUAUGGUUAACUGAAGACUCAAGUAACCUCUCCAUUCUUGUUCUUAUGGAUGUCACUGGUGCCUUUGACAUGGUACACCAUGAAAUUCUGCCAAACCAGCUGCAUACCUAGGUUCGCCUCUCUGGUACAGUCUUAAACUGGUUCAGAUCAUACCCAAGUGGUAUGAAUAUUCUGCUGCACUUUGACACCUACAUCUCAAAGUAUCAAUCUAUUACAUGCAGAGUCCCCCAAGGCUCAAUUUUAGCACCUAUAUUAUUUAACCUUUACAUGCUGCCUGUUAUGGCAGGGAAUGAGAGAGAGGAAGAGACGAUCCACAUAGGAUGAGGCAAAAAGGAACAGGUGAAAUAAUUUACGAUUAACAGAUACUAGAGAUUAGGAAACAGGAACAUACACUGAGGGCUAAUCCACGCUAGGAGGAAUCAAAGAACACAAGUAAAGCAGACGAUUGAUAAAGCACAGGCAGGGUAACCAUAAGCAAGGCAUAAAUUAACCAUGCAGACACUAGGGGAUAAAAUAAAACCAAAAUAUAACACACAGAUGAGGCAGGUCUCAGGCCAGCCUCAAACUCAUGACAGGAGGGAAGUGCACGACAGCCAGUGGAAAGUGCACGACAGCCAGUGGGAAGUGCACGACAGCCAGUGGGAAGUGCUGGCCAAACAGGGAGACACAUGGGACCGGGCCAGACAGUAAAGAGUAAAGAUGUUUGUAAACCCUGUGGUUAAAACAGUGCUAUAUUGAUUUCGGUUUGAAUUAAUAAAAAAGUAACCAGUUUUAAUAAAUGUAUGCCUUUACUAAAAUUUAGAAGCGUACAGAAGCCUCGUUAGUAAUGAUAAAAUAUCCAGAAUUAUUGUAAUACUUAAGUACUACAAUAUCAAGCCCCAGCACUUAAUAUGACAAAACAUAUUCGGCAGAAAUGGGGCGUGGCCACACAUUGCGGCAGCAAAUGAAGCGUCAUGGCGUUGAACGUUUAGCGUAAUACGCAGUGAUUGUCCUUACAUCAUGACGUUGGAUCCUGCUCGGCAGCGGAGGAGCUGGAUGGAACUUCAGGGAUAUGGGUUCCACCCAUGACCACAGACAGAGGAGAUGAAAAGUGUUUACUAACAGAGCAGCGUGAACGUGAACCUUGGGCUUCUCACCGAAGCCACAGUAAGACUGGCUGCACUUGAACCCCUAGCAGACGUCCCCCUGCAGGGCUGUGGCCAGCUGCAGCAUGGACCAGAAUCCUCCCCAGCUAAGUGUGGCAGAUGUGAAGGAGGAAGUGCAGGACGUCCUCAUAUCGGAUGUUGACGGGGCCGGGCACAGCAGCCCUGACAAGAAAGCAGAGAGUACAGUGUGUCCCGUCUUUAAUGGGGAGGUGAAAGAAGAAACAGUGUUUCAGGACGUGACUGAGGAGAAGCUGGAUGGGAGUGUCAGACCUCCAAACCCAGACCAAGCUGUCAUACCAAGGAGGAGAGUGAACAAGUUCCCCUGUUCUCACUGUACUAUGUCAUACACGUCAGAGACUUACCUCCAUAGACACAUCAAGAAGUCUCACCCUGAAAUGUUUGGCCCUGGUGUGAUACUGAAAAUUCACCUGUGCUCCCAUUGUGGGAAGAGCUUCAGUCAUUUAAGUACUCUAAAGAAGCAUCAGCAGAUUCACACAGGGGAGAGGCCCUACCAGUGUUCAGAGUGUGCAAAGAGUUUUUGCCAAUUAGAUGAAUUAAAGACACAUCAGCGAACUCACACAGGAGAAAAGCCUUAUCACUGCACAGAAUGUGGUAAGAGUUUCAGACAGUCAGGCCACCUAACGGCACACCAACGAACUCACACGGGAGAGAGGCCCUACCAGUGCUCCCAGUGUGGGAAGAGCUUCAGUCAUUUAGGAACCCUAAACAAGCACCAGCAAAUUCACACAAAUGAGAAAUCUUACCAGUGCUCCCAACUUGUGAAGAGUUUCAGUCAUGUAGGACACCUAAAUAGCCACCAGUGGAUUCACACAGUGGAGAAGCCUUACCAGUGCUCCCAAUGUGCAAAGAGUUUUCGCCAAGUAAGCGAGUUAAAGACACAUCAACGAAUUCACACAGGAGAAAAGCCUUUUCACUGCUCAGAAUGUGGUAAAAGUUUCAGUCAGUCAGGCCACCUAACGGCACACCAACGAACUCACACGGGAGAGACGCCCUACCAGUGCUCCCAGUGUAAGAAGAGCUUCAGACAUUUAGGAACACUAAACAAACACCAGCAAAUUCACACAAAUGAGAAAUCUUACCAGUGCUCCCAAUAUGUUAAGAGUUUCACUCAUGCAGGACACCUAAAUAGCCACCAGUGGGUUCACACAGUGGAGAAACCCUACCAGUGCUUCCAAUGUGCAAAAAGUUUUCGCCAAGUAAGCGAGUUAAAGACACAUCAACGAAUUCACACAGGAGAAAAGCCUUUUCACUGCUCAGAAUGUGGUAAGAGUUUCAGUCAGUCAGGCCAUCUAACGGCACAUCAACGAACUCACACGGGAGAGAGGCCCUACCAGUGCUCCCAGUGUGAGAAGAGUUUUAGUCAUUUAGGAACCUUAAAUAAGCACCAGCAGAUUCACACAAACGAGAAAUCAUACCAGUGUUCCCAAUAUGUGAAGCGUUUCAGUCAUGUAGGACACCCAAAGAGCCACCAGUGGAUUCGCACAAUGGAGAAGCCCUACCAGUGCUCCCAAUGUGCAAAGAGUUUUCGCCAAUUAAGCGAGUUAAAGACACAUCAGCGAAUUCACACUGGAGAAAAGCCUUAUCAUUGCUCAGAAUGUGGUAAGAGUUUCAGUCAGUCAGGCCACCUAAAGGCACACCAACGAACUCAUACUGGAGAGAGGCCCUACCAGUGCUCCCAGUGUGGGAAGAGCUUCAGUCAUUUAGGAACCCUAAACAAGCACCAGCAAAUUCACACAAAUGAGAAAUUUUACCAGUGCUCCCAGUAUGUCAAGAGUUUUAGUCUUGUAGGACACCUAAAGAGCCACCAGUGGAUUCGCACAAUGGAGAAGCCCUACCAGUGCUCCCAAUGUGCAAAGAGUUUUCGCCAAUUAAGCGAGUUAAAGACACAUCAGCGAAUUCACACUGGAGAAAAGCCUUAUCAUUGCUCAGAAUGUGGUAAGAGUUUCAGUCAAUCAGGCCAUCUAACGGCACAUCAACGAACUCAUACCGGAGAGAGGCCCUACCAGUGCUCCCAGUGUGGGAAGAGCUUCAGUCAUUUAGGAACACUAAACAAGCACAAGCAAAUUCAUACAGAUGAAAAGCCCUACCAGUGUUCCCACUGUGUGAAGAGCUUUAGUCAAUUAGCAUACCUGAAGAGCCACCAGCGGAUUCACACAGGGGAGAAGCCAUACCAGUGCUCCCAGUGUGACAAGAGGUUCAGUCAAGUAGGAGGCCUAAAGAUUCACCAGCGCAUUCACACAGGGGAGAGGCCCUACCUGUGCUCCCAAUGUGAGAAGAGCUUCAGUAAUUUAAGUGACCUAAAUAAGCACCGGCAAAUUCACACAGGUGAGAAAUCCUACCAGUGCUUUCAGUGUGGGAAGAGCUUCAGUCGUUUAGAUAAACUAAAGGAACACCAGCGGAUUCACACAGGGGAGAGACCCUACCAAUGCUCCCUCUGUACGAAGAGCUUCAGUCAUUUAGGAUACCUAAAGAAGCACCAGUGGAUUCACACAGGGGAGAGGACCUACCAGUAAAAAUAUAUUUUUGUUAAUUUUAUAUAAUUUAGUUUUACAAACGUUCCUCUACUUACCAACUUUCAACUUACGAAUUUUCAGACAUACGAAUGAAGAGGGCUGUAAGUCCAAAUUGUGUUCCUUGGGCUCCCGUUUCCAGUCCGCAACAUCAAUUUUUUUAUCUGCGCCCCAAUUUCGCCUAGUACCUCGCAGCAGCGUAGCGUGCGUACUCCCAGCAUCCUAAUUCUUUGUACUUACAUAUACCCUUCAAAUGAUAAUAACGACUUACGAACAUUUCAAGUUACAGACGGCUGUUCAGAAUGUAACUCAUUCGUAAGUAGAGGAGCAUCUGUAUUUGGUAAAAAGAUACAUGAUGACUUUAUGUUUUUGCGGAAUUUCCAAUCAUUUUGAUUGUGCCUUUUUUAAAUACUUUAUUUGAAAAUGUUUGUAAAGUUGCCUGAAUAUCAUGAAAAUGAUUGCCAAGUACUUGCUGUUAUGUGUUUCAAUCAUGUAUAUCAAAUUAAAACUCAGUUGUGUGAAA